GAUAGGUAUCGCAUAUCGUGUACCUAAUUUAUAUAAAUUUAUAACAAAAAGGAUGUUACUUCUAUGACGAUUUCUAUCUUAAAAUCUGUAUAAUAAUAAGCGUAAUAUAAUGGAAGAAGAAGUUUCAUCUGUUAGCGAUACAAUGCAACUCAACGGCGAGAUCGAAUGGCAACCGCUUGCUCUUACUUUGGUUGAAUAUCCAAAAGGUGAUUGGAUAGGGAAAUUCUUUGCCUUUAUUAGCCUGUCGCCUUUUGGAAUUGGCGCCGGAUUCGUCACACUUGUUUUGUUUCGACGAGAUCUUCAUACCAUUGCCUUCUUCUUAGGCACACUGGUCAAUGAAGUAUUAAACAUAAUAUUAAAGCACAUAAUAUGUGAAGCAAGACCUCUAGCGAGAGGGCAUCUGUACAAUGAGUAUGGAAUGCCAUCAUCUCAUGCUCAAUUUGUUUGGUUUUUCAGUAUUUAUGUACUGUACUUUGUUGCUGUGAGAUUGCACCAUAUAAACAAUAAUAGUAUAAUAUCUGCAUUGUGGAAAGGCAUCAUAGUCAGUGGAUGUUUAAGCCUGGCCUUGCUCGUGAGCAUAGGCCGGGUGUACCUACACUACCACACAUCCGCACAAGUCAUAGUGGGGGCCCUUGUGGGCUUCCUCUUUGCUACAAUAUGGUUUGCCUUGGUGCAUAGAGUUCUGACACCACUAUUUCCACAUUUAGUUUCAUUAAAAAUUUGCGAGAUGCUGAUGAUCCGUGACACGACGCUGAUCCCCAACGUGAUGUGGUUCGAGUACACCACUACGCGGCAGGAGGCGCGCGCGCGAGGACGCAAGAUGGCAGCGCUCAAGCCCGCGCAAUGACGGUACGCCGCGGUGGCCGCCGGGCCGCGGCCGCGCGCGUGACUGCUGGCGGCGGCGGCGCUCGCGCUGCUCGGCGCCACCGUGCUCGCCCGCUGCACGUGUCAGCCAAGAGACGCCGUCGCCGUGCCUGGCUUGCCUGGGUACGAUACCUAGACGGUCUUUUAAACUACUAACUUGUUAAAAAUUAAGCUAAGGGAAAAUGUUAGAUUGAUCAUUUUGUAUUUACUUAAUAGAGUUGACGACUGUCAAAGGUUUUUAGACAUGGUGCCGGCUUAGGUUUCCUUGUUUCUAGCUUUUAUCCUAGCAUCCGGGUCAUAAAAUUCCAUAAAAAACAAAAACGAUUUGACAUUAUUGGUAGAAUUGACAGGUCUAUACUUGCAUUACUGACGCCAUCUGUAAAAAGCUUCGAUCGGCCAUCCCCAUAGACAUAGUAUAUACAAGUAGUUAUAGACGCGCCAUCGGGCGACCGGGGGUGAGAGAAAGAAUAUUCAUAUAAAAUUUGGGCAGCAUAGGAUUUUUUCUCUUUCACUUAUAAAUUUCGAUAUUUCGCCAUCGCCUACCUAUGAUGCCACCCGGUCGGUGAUAAGGACAAAGCAUGGAGCUAUUUUCUCUUUCCUCUUAUAGAAAUCGCAAUAAGACUAUCUUUCUUUAUCAUAGAGUGUCAGGCCCUUGGCCAUCCCCCAUUAGUACCAUUAUUACUUUCUUACUAGUCAAAUCAGCUUCUUUUUUAGAACUUUCAAAACGAUUUUCUAGGAGUUUAUAUAAAAACGGGUAUAGUGACAUUAGUGACGUCACGGUCAGCUCACCUACUUUUUAUAUUUCAAUCCGAUUUAUUAAAUAGAGGUGCUUUAUUUCGUGCACGGUGUGAAAUAAUUUAUUUUAAGUAGAGGAAACUUCCCUAUUCUGUUGUAUUUUGUAUUUGUAGCGGGAUACACCGUAGAUACAUCUUAGGAAUACAAUUAUUCCGUUUUCAAACUCUCGAGCGCCACUGAGUAUCAUAUUUACACGUUCGGGAUAGGAUAUAUAUUAUGCUAGAUGCUAGUAAAAUCGUACCUAGUUUGAAAAGCGAGAUUUUUUUUUUCGGUACACCUUAACAAAAAUUGCAUGACACCAUUGUGAUUUUUCCGCUUUACCGUUGUAUAAUUGUUAUUUUAUUCGGAGUCAGUAACAACAUUAGUUGUGUUGAUUGCAGCUUACGUUAUUUUCCGUUUCCUAGUGGCGGCAAAUUUUAUGAGUAAAUACGAUUUCACUUGUUUACUCACCGAUGACUGAGGUUGUGAAACAGACUUCUUUCAUUAAACAUCCAUAGUUAUUAUUAUUAUAGUUGUAAACCAUUACUUAACUUGCAUAUAAUCAUGAAAAUUACUCGUCAAAUAACUUUCAAACAGUAGCUAGAUAUGAUAUUAAACGCGCAAAGCUAAACGCAGAUGGCGCUGUUGUACAGUCAAGGACAUAAAUAUAUAUACAUUCCCAAAGUGUCAAAAAUAUGUGCCAUUCUCAACGAAAAGGGUACUUAUCGUCGGUUGUCAAUAAGGCGCUUUUUCCAUAUAGCUUCAAUUUGAAAUCAACCUUAUCGACAAGCCUCAGCAGCAACCUUUUGGUUGAAAACAUCACAUAUGUGUACGCUCUUACACCUUAGACAAUAAAGUCGUGUUCACAUAUUUUUGAGCCAUUUGUCUGGAUCGAUAUUUUUGCCUUCGACUGUAUAACGGUUUCUAGUGAUAGGUGAGAUUUUGUAAGUUUGAAUUCUAGGCUUCGGAUAAAAAAAUAGAUAUAUGAAUUAUAUCUUGUUUGCUAUUUGCUAUUUUUCAAAGAUAAUCUAAAAAUACGAAAAUUAUUUACAAAUAUCGGAAAUAGAUAAACUAUGUAUAUAAUUACUUAUAAUCAAAUGCAAAUAAUAACCUGUCACUUUAAACCUUUCCCUAGACGCCCUCUGCAGUUAACAAUUAGGCCCACUUGCACCAUUACACUAACCCGGGUUUACCGGUUAAACCUGGAGUUACCAUGGUUACCAGUACAAUUUGUCACUGGGUUAACGGUUUAACCGCUUAACCCCGGGUUAGUGGGAUGGUGCAAGUGGGCCUUAGCAGCUUUAAACGUCAGUACAUAAAGCUACACAAAUUAUAACAUUUACACUUGCUAAACAUAGCCUGUAGACUGCCAGUGGCUGUUUUAAUUAUUGAAAACUUUGUGUCUAGUUGCAUAAUUAUCUGUAUAUCAUGUAAAAAAAAGACGCGUAAAAGGAUUGUAGAUAUUAAAAAUUAUUUGAGACAAUGUGUAGGAAAUUACUUGUGUCGCUUACCAUAAGGACGCUCUGACAGGUUUUUCGUAUAAAGAUACAAGCAAUUUUCGCCGUUAUGUUAAGCGACAAUACCUUUUGCUUGAAAACGACACACUUGUAAAAACUUAUUAAAUAAGCUUUUAUAAUAAUACCUAUGUAUGUAUGUAGUAUUUGUAUUAUUGUUGACAUUGUUGUUAAAACGAUAUAAGGAAUAACGGGAAACCACAUUUAACUAAUUUGUUGCCAAUUUAACACUCAUUUAGGGUAUCAGGUUAUUACUACAUGAAGAAAUGAAAAUUUCGUUUGUAAUUUUAAUUUCUUACGUACUGUGCAGUCAGUUGAGAAGAUACCUAGCCCCCUUUGAUUACAAAUUUGUAUUGUAAAUUUAUUUUAUAAUGUAAUUAAUAGUACAUACAUAGUUAUUUUUACUCUGUGGCUGACAUGUUGCUGUCAUAAUAUUUAGCUAUUAUCCGGUUUAUUUUAUACAAUAACGUUUUUGCAACACCUACUUUUUCGAUUAAUUUCUCUGUUUCCACAACACAAAGGUUGUCUGGAAGAGCGCUCUUUAGCAAUAAGACCGCCUGUUGUCUGCCUCUACAUUUAAUCAAUUGUUCUCUUCAUUUGUAUCUUUUUACUGAGGUGUGCCAAUAAAGAGUAUUCUAUCUAUCUAUCUAAUAAAAUAUUAAAUCGGCAUAACUGUGUCAAAAAACCAUAACGAGGUUGUUGUUGUGAUAAGUAGGUACGGGUCAUGGAAUUUAGAGAGGCGAAUGGACAGAUAAAAUGUAUCGAGUAUAAUUCAAAAUUGAAAAUGACGCUGACAUGUUUCAUAUCUAUAACUACACGAAUGUUGUUGUCUGUGGCGUGGCCCCAUGUUGUAACCAGAUUUUUGGGAUAUUGACUGACAUGAGAUAUAGGUAAAUCUCUUCGAUAAAAACAAGUAUUUCGGUAGUUUUAGCACUAGUGCGC